UCUUUAGUUGUAAACCGACGGACUCAAACCCUCCGGGUGCCUGUUAGUGGAAAAAGAAAACAUCUCUGGACUUCAGCAGAAUGGAUUCCUCAGACAGUCCUGAAACCGUGCAGCGAAAGACCAAGAUGAUAUUUGGCUUGAAAGGGAAGAAGAAGAAGAAAGUCAACACAGACCUGGUCCUGGCAAACAAGGGAGCUGUGGACAGUGGGGCCGAGUUGCCUUCUGAAGCGUCUCCCAUGCUGGAGGUAACAAACGCUGAGGACCAACCAGGAAGCUCUGCAGUCAGAACCAGAAAAAUACCAACCAAUAAGAGGGCCAAACUGAGAACUUGCAUCCAGAAGAGUGAAGGGAAACCUCAGCACUUCCAGAUUUCCAUCAAUAUCACGGAGGCCAGGCAGCUGGUGGGAGAAAACAUCGACCCCAGUGUUGUGAUCGAGAUCGGUGAUGAGAAGAAACAGACUUCGGUUAAAGAAGGCACCAACUCUCCCUUUUACAAUGAGUAUUUUGUGUUUGACUUCUUUGCCCACAAAGAGGUCUUCUUUGAUAAAGUCAUCAAGCUGACGGUGAUGCACUCAAAGAUGCUAAGGAGUUUCUGCGUUGGAGCCUUCAAGCUGGAUGUGUGGACAGUCUACAGACAGCCAGGUCACCAAUUCAUCAAUAAGUGGGCAAUGCUGACCGAUCCUGGUGACAUUAGCACUGGGGUCAAAGGUUAUGUCAAGUGUGACAUCAGUGUCUCAGCGAAGGGAGACGCCAUAAAGCCAGGACCAAAAGCGAGUGAUGCUGAGGAGAAGAUAAACAAGAACCUGCUGAUACCGGAAGGUUUUCCCUCGGAGCGACCCUGGGCUCGUUUCUAUGUGAAGGUGUAUCGAGCUGAAGGUCUUCCACGGAACAACUCCAGCAUCAUGGCCAACGUCACCAAGGCCUUCAUAGGAGACAACACAGCACUCAUCGACCCAUAUGCAGUGGUCAGCUUCUUCAAACAAGUGGGUCGCACAUCUACACAGAAGUCCACAGCAGACCCGGUGUGGAAUGAGCAGAUCGUCUUCAUAGAGAUGUUUCCCCCUCUGUGUCAGAGACUGAAGAUUCAGGUCUGGGAUGAGGGAAGCAUGAGCGACGUUGCCAUAGGAACCCAUUACUUUGACUUGAGGCGCAUCUCCAAUGAACAGGAUGGCGACAGAGGGUUUUUACCAACUUUUGGACCUGCUUGGAUUAACCUGUACGGCUCUGCCCGAAACUAUUCCAUAGGUGAUGACACAACGGAGCUUAAUGAGGGCAUCGGAGAGGGCGUGUCCUACAGGGGUCGGGUCUACAUGGAGCUCGCAGUGGAGAUCCUAUCAGGUGGGAGUGGUUCGGAGUCCAAACUCAGCAGAAUGGUCAAGCCAUUGAAGGACACUAAAGCAGGGAAAGUAGGAGGGAAGGAUGGUAAGACUCCUGCAGGAGGAGGAGCCGUAGGAGGAGCAGGAGGAGCUGCUGAUGAUGACAAAGGAAAAACUGUGGCUGCAGAGGUCCUGGCUGUGGAAUCACCUCCUGGUCUGGAUUCGGACAACAUUGAGAGCUUUCUGCUGUUUGGGGCGUUGUUCGAAGCCACCAUGAUUGACAGGAAGAUUGGAGACAAGCCCAUCAGCAUUGAGUUCUCCCUCGGUAACUACGGUAACGUGUUGGAGUCUGCAGGCCAGCCCAGCCCCCCUGUUCCCAGUCCUGCUGUCAGUCGGAGGACAAAAGGGCUGGACGUCCCAGACAGCGGUGCCUUGGGUGGCUCAUCUCCUCUCAGCUCCCCCACUGCCACCCUGUCCGCCCCCCUCCUACCCAGAGAAUCCCAGGACUCCCCUUUGACCUCUAAGUCAAUCACGCCUCCACAAAGGCCGCUCAUCGUCGAUGGAAACAAGUACUACAUGCAUCUUCCCCUGGAGAAGCAGAAGCCAUGUAUUAAUGUGCUGAGUCACUGGGAGAACCGAACCUACCGCCUCUACAACUCUAAUAUGCUGGAGAAUAUAGCUGUUCUGUUUGAAGAGGGUUUGGAAUUUGCAGCCGAGCUAAACAGGAAGUCAGAUCCAGGGGCGGAACAUAUGCUCAAAACCAUCCUCAAAGAGUUUUGUAUGGACGCCAGGAGUUUCAUAGCAACAUCGGAGGCCAAGUUGAAGGCAGAGUUAAAGUCAAGCUACCUGACACAAUUGGACAGGAAACGACUCACCAUGUGUAAAGAGGAAUUGGUGGGGAAAUCUGACACAUACACACAUAUAACAUCGAUACAUCAACUCUUACACACAUGUGCACGCCUUCACAUUCUACAGCCCCAGCACACAGUGCCUGAUGUAUUUGUGUGGUUGCUAAGCAACAACAAGCGUGUUGCAUACUCUCGGGUGCGUACCAGAGACCUGCUGUACUCUAGCAGCCGGGAGGCCCGAGGAAUCCACUGUGGCAAGAUAAUAACACUGUUUCUAAAGCCUCCGGGAAAGCGUGUUGUAGGCUUGUCGGUCCAAGCAAAGCUGGAUGUCUAUCUGUGGUAUGGAACCUGUUCAGAGUCUGUCCACAUGCUGGACGAUCUGCCUUCUGGGUUCAUUUCGGCCACCGGUGGCGUUGACGCUAACUGCCCUCCAACAAGCCUGCAAUGCAGAGAGCAGAAUCAAUUCCAGUUGAGGUGCCACAUGUAUCAGGCUCGUGGUCUCAUCGCUGCAGACACCUCCGGCCUGUCCGACCCUUUUGCUCGAGUCACCUUUCUGUCACACAGCCAGACCACCCAAAUAAUAAGCCAGACUCUCAGUCCGACAUGGAAUCAGUGUUUGACAAUGAGCCCCCUGGUGCUGAGUGGAGAUCUGCAGCACAUCCUGCAGGAGCCCCCACGCAUUGUCAUCGAGGUGUAUGACGACGACGCGCUGAGCAAGGCGGAGUAUCUGGGAGCCACAGUGACGGUGCCAGAGGUGCGAUUGUCCUCUGACCCUUACGCACCUCCAACUCUGCAGUACAGCCCCCUGCACUACGGCAGCCAGACAGGAGGAGACCUGCUGGCUGCUUUUGAACUGCUGCAGAUCCAAGAGUUUGGUGAGCAGAGUCUGCCGGCGUUAGAGGAACAGGAAGGAGGCAUCUUCACGGUUCCUGCCAACAUCAGACCAGUUCUCAGCACCUACAGGCUGGAGGUGUUGUUCUGGGGUCUGAGGGAGCUGAAGAAGGUUCAGUUCCUGUCUGUUGAUCGCCCACAGGUCUUCAUAGAGUGUGCAGGGAAAACAUUGCGUUCCUCCGUCAUUCAGAAGUACAAGUCCAACCCAAACUUCACCACGCUGGUUGAUUUCAUUGAGCUAGAGUUACCAGAGAACGAACACCUCCACCCUCCUCUCAGCAUCACUGUUGUUGAUUGGCGGGCGUUUGGUCGCAGCACGUUGGUCGGAAACCACAUUAUCAACAACCUCAAGGCCUUCAAAUACAUCCCACCCCCAGCCUUGCCUGCUCCCAUACAGACACACAAACCACCCAAAGUCACAUAUACCCCCGGACCGGACCUAACACCGGAUCCAGACAGCACUCAGGAAUCAUCCCAAUACGCUGCAGAGACCAGUUUAGCUGAAGCACUAACAAAUGAAGACUGCCUGAUCACUGUGGAGGAUGAAGCCCCACCUACACCUCCAGACCCACCCAAACCAAAGCAAGAAACCAGCAAGAAAAAGGACAGCACGACAAUGAGCACUCGUGGUCGUUCCACCAAGCGAAGGAAGCGGACCAUCGCUGACGACUCAGCUGAGAGUGUCAUCGACUGGUGGUCCAAAUACUACGCGUCUGCAGAGAAACAGGCCCAACAGGACAGCUCUCCUUUCCCCCAGCUCUUUGAGAGCGCUUUGCCAUACCAGAGCUUGCUCAGCGAUGGAAUAGACUCCAUGGUCGGUAGCGUCUCCGAUGGGGACAAGAAGAAGAAACAGAAAGGAAAAGGAACCCUGGAGCCAAGCACUGAUCUGCCUAAUAAAUUAGCCACACUCAAGCUUUACAACAAGGAGCUGGAGGCAGAGUUUGGCCCUUUUGAUGAUUGGGUGAACACAUAUGAGCUGUUCAGAGGGAAAGCCAAUGAGGAAGAGGGCGCGACGGAGGAGAGAUUUGUGGGCAAAUUUAAGGGGCGAUUCUGCCUGUAUAAGCUGACUGAGAACGAGGAUAGGGACGAAGACGCAGACAUUGGGGACUUCAGAGUCAACAGAGGAAUCCCUCCCAACAAACCGGUCCAAGUCCUCAUACGGGUUUACAUUGUCUCUGCGUCUAACCUGCACCCAGCUGAUCCGGAUGGGAAGUCGGACCCUUACAUUGUUAUUCAACUCGGCAAAAACGAAAUCAAAGACAGAGACAAAUACAUCCCUAAACAGCUGAAUCCUGUGUUUGGAAGAUCUUUUGAGAUGCAAGCAACAUUUCCUCACGAGUCACUGCUGUCAGUGUUGAUCUAUGACUAUGACAUGGUUGGAGGGGACGACCUGAUAGGAGAGACUCGCAUCGACCUGGAGAACCGAUUCUACAGCCGACACAGAGCCACCUGUGGCCUCCCUACUGAGUACAGUCUUGACGGUUAUAACGCCUGGAGAGACUGUCUGAAGCCGUCGGAGCUGCUGACUAAGCUGUGCAGAGAGAACGGUCUGGACGACCCUCAAUUCAGACCCGGACGCAUCACAGUGGCUGACAAAGUUUUUGUUGGCAAGACGCUCUUCAUGCAUGAAGACCAGCCAUUGGAGUCCUAUGAGCACUUGUCUCUGAAGAUCCUGCACCGCUGGGUGGAGAUCCCAGCUGUGGGAUGCAAGCUGGUACCAGAACACAUUGAGACCAGAACUCUUUUCAACAAGGCUCGGCCCGGCAUGGACCAGGGUCAGGUCCAGAUGUGGGUAGACAUGUUUCCCAUGGACUUACCUCAUCCCGGACCUUCAGUGGACAUUUCACCUCGAACACCAAAAGGGUACGAGCUACGUGUCAUAAUCUGGAACACAGAGGAUGUGAUUCUGGAGGACAGCAACUUCCUGACCGGUCAACAGUCCAGUGAUAUCUACAUCAAGGCCUGGUUGAAAGGUUUAGAGGAUGACCGACAGGAGACAGACGUCCACUACAACUCUCUGACUGGGGAAGGAAACUUCAACUGGCGCUUUGUGUUCCCUCUCAGCUACCUGCCUGCUGAGAAGGUAUUAGUGGUGAGGAAGAGACAGCACAUUUUCUCCUUGGAUAAAACAGAGCAGAAGCUUCCUGCCAUCCUUAGUCUGCAGGUCUGGGACUUCGAGACGCUCUCCUCUGACGACUUUCUAGGCACCGUGGAGUUAGACCUCCAUGGUUUCCCUCGAGGGGCAAAGACGGCAAAGUCAUGUAAGAUGGACAUGUUGACGGACGGGACAGAGAAAAUCUCCAUCUUUCAGCAGAAGAGAGCAAGAGGCUGGUGGCCCUUCUGCAAGUCUGGAGAGCUGACGGGGAAAGUGGAGGCAGAGUUCCAUCUUGUGACAGCUGAAGAGGGUGAGAAAAAUCCUGUCGGCAGAGCCCGCAAGGAGCCGGAGCCGCUGCCAAAACCAAAUCGUCCAGACACCUCCUUCUCAUGGUUUGUCAAUCCCUUCAAGUGUUUCUUCCACUUGGUGUGGCGAAGCUACAAGAAGUACAUCAUCAUCGCCCUGGUCCUGCUCAUCACAUUACUGUUCCUCGCUCUGCUGUUCUACUCGCUGCCAGGAGCCAUUUCUCAGAAGAUAAUUAAUGGUUAACACACAAAAAACAGACCGACUAUGUUCACACUGUAGUUCUAAAUAUACCAAGUUACUUUUAGAUGAUGCUACUCCCCUUCCGUGCUUGACAACAACACUCCCCAGCUUUGUACAUUACAAAUUUAUAAAAAUUAUUUCUUAUUGAGAUUAUUUUUUGGGGCAUUUUGACCUUUAUUUUUGACAGGACAGCUGAAGACGUGAAAGGGAAGAGAGAGGGGGGAUCACAAGUUGGAGUUGAACCUGAACAUCUGAGCCUGUAUGUUUAGCUUAUUAUGUGUUAAGGAAGAGUCCAUCUUACUUAAAAUCACAACACAGAGCUUAUUGUAGCUGCCUUUAUUAUAUUAAAUGAAAAGGUAAUCAGGGUUCUCUUUUUAUCUGCUGAUUGUCAAUAUUCAGUUUAUUCUGGCCAAACAACAAAAUUAAUGUAUUUUCUUGUAAGCAAAUAACUCUGUAACUCAAAGAAAUCAUUGUCAAGUAAUUUAUUUGAGUCCUCCUCUUUUACACAAUUCAACUCCACAACAAAGU